UGUGGUUUACAACAACCUGAAUUAGUUUUAGUUAGUUGUUCAAAUAUAGUUGAAUUUAAAUUUGUUUCAACUCAUCAAGCACUUGGUUAUCGUGGUUUUAAAAUAUUUUUUCAAACAAUUGAUGUACCUAGUAAUUGGGCAUGUAAACCAAGUGGUUUUACAACUCCAGCAAUAACAACAACAACUCGACCACCAACAACAUCAGGUGCAUUACCACCUAGUUUUCAAAUUGUUGCUUAUGGCGGAACAACAAAUAAUACACGUCAAUAUUGUAAAUUCCCAUUUAUAUAUCAAGGCAAUCAACAAAUAUCUUGUCUUCGAACAGAUCCACCAAGUUCACCAUCAGGUGAAACUUUUAAAGAGCCAUGGUGUUCAUUAACAAGUAAUUUUGAUACUGAUCAUCAAUGGGGAUAUUGUGAAUUAGGUGUUACUGAUUCAACAUUUUACGAUAUAUGUCAUAGUCAAUCACAAGUACUUAAAUGUCUACCCGGUUAUAUUAUUAAUAUAAUAACUGCUGAUUAUGCAGCGAAAUCUGAUGACAAUAUCGGUUCAGAUGCAUGUAUUUAUGAUAAAAAUGAUUGUUUUCAAAGUGAUUCAAUAACAAUUCAAGCAAAAUGUGCUGGUCUAACAUCAUGUACAGCAUAUCAUUUGGGUAAAACUUUAGCAUCAUGUCAAAAUCGACCCUCAGCUUAUUUACAUAUUGAUUAUACAUGUGUACCUAAUGAUAUUUCAGAAAUAAGUACAUAUGAUAUGUGUAAUAAUAAUACAUUACCACAAGGUGAUACUCGUCGUGGAUUUAUUGUAUCACCAAAUUUUCCAAAUACACAAAAAAAUCUUGAUUGUACAUUUAAUUUACAAACAUUAAAACCAUAUCAAGAUAUUUAUCUGUAUAUAAUCGAUAUGGAUUUAGAUAGUGCAACUCUUGCUCCAGCAACAUGUAUCAAAGAUCGAUUAAUUGUUACAGCUGAUAAUACUGUUAUGGAAAUGUGUGGUAGAUCAUAUACAAAGUUUUUACUUCAUACUUGUCAUUCAUCUGUAUCAUUUCAAUUAAUUCGAGCAUCUGAUGCUAAAGGACGUGGUGUUAAAUUUUAUUUCGAAUUUCGUGAAAGACCUCCAACUGAAGUUUGUCCUGUAUUGUAUACAACUACUUUGCGUUUAUCAACAGAACCUACAUCAAUCCAUACUUCAUCUUCACCCACUUUAUCAUCAUCUAGUAUUCAAACAUCAACUUCAACACAGAAGACAUCAAUAGCAUCAACUUCAACACAGAAGACAGCAAUCGCAUCAACUUCAACACAGAAGACAUCAAUAGCAUCGAUUACAACCUCUUACGUAUCAAUUAUUACAACUUUGAAUUCGACAUUAACCUCUAAUUUUACGACAAGUUCAAAUACAAGGUCAACAGCAAUAAAAAGUUCAACAGCAUCGAUUCUCGUCACAGAAUCAGCGGCAAUUAUUAUUUAUAAUUUCAAUUAUGUUUCAAUGUUAUUUUGCACAGUAUUGGCAAGGUUUAUAUUCGAACAUUAA